GGAGAGCAGAGAGCACCGAGACAAACCCACCUCCUCCUACAUGCUUAUUGUGUCAACCUUUAAAAAGCAAUUAAGCCGCAGCAUCCUCUGAAACCCUGCGAUCCCUCAUCCGGCUGGAGAGAAACCCGCAUCGUCUGCAACCAAGUGUCUCCAGGUCGCUCGUAGAGAAGGCAUCCUCCUCCUCCUCCUCCUCAGCCAUGACUGACAGGAAAGCUGUGAUCAAGAACGCGGACAUGUCCGAGGACAUGCAGCAGGACGCGGUGGACUGUGCCACGCAGGCCAUGGAGAAGUACAACAUAGAGAAGGACAUUGCAGCCUACAUCAAAAAGGAGUUUGACAAGAAGUACAACCCCACCUGGCACUGCAUCGUCGGGAGGAACUUUGGCAGCUACGUCACCCAUGAGACGAAGCAUUUCAUUUACUUCUACUUGGGCCAAGUGGCCAUCCUGCUCUUCAAGUCUGGCUGAGAAGCUCCUGAUGGGUGUCGAGGAGUUGUUCUCCCUGAACCUGAAUUGGAAAUGCACUGGUGGCUGAUGUCUCCCAUACACUAAUAACAACGUACCAUAACGAUGCAGAACCGGCCGUGCGCAAUUGCAUGGACUAUACACUAUUUAAUAUGUAUGUUACAGUAAGUUUACUUUUUCGAUAGUUGCCCUUUGAAUGCAACCGAAGUAGUUUUUGUUUGACGCUGUUAAAAAAGAAUUUCAACGUGGCCCUUUGAUUGUAAAAUAAAAGGAAAGCUGUAGAAUGUAGUGGUGCAUCGGCAUUGCCAGACCCUCUAGCGAGACUCCACCUGUUGGUUUCGGGUGUUGAAUCAUAGUGUGUGCACCAGUUUAACAACCCAUUAACCUGUGAUCAUGAAACAAAGUUACUGGGGCAAAAUUGUUUCGGCUCUAACCAGCGAGAGCGUAUUUUGUUUUAACUCGACAGCGCGACUUUAGUCUAUUGCUGCUGUUUUACUCAUUUAAAGGAAUUAUGUUGUCUGGAGUUUAACGUGGUAAAAAACUUUUUAUUGUUUUCAAUUUGGAUUCAAAACAUAAGUGACAUUUUUUUUUUUUUUUUAUAGCAGCCACUUCCAGAGUAGAAGCAUCCAACACUUGACAUUUUGGAAGCAACUCAAGCCAGUGCAAGCAUUUCCCGGGACGUUUGGUCAAUAUUCACUGUGAAGAACCACAGAGCAAACGAAGCUCACACACACACAGACACGCUUAAGCCUGUAAUGUCCAAGUUAUAACGCUACAGACGGGUUCUGAAAACCUCCCGACUCACCUGCACCGACAUCAGUCUUAUAAUUCCAGUGUCUCUGCAUGUUUUGGAGGAUAAACCCAUCAUUUCUUUCACCGUCAGACACGAACGAAGGCCCAUCUCGGUGAUGCGUCGUUUAAUGAAGAGUGUGUAGAUAUUGGACUGAGCCGAUGUGUGUCUUUGCUAUGAAGCAGAAUAAUGAAGGUGAUUUUUGAUUUAGAAACAUCUGCGGUCAACUCAACCUGGGCUACCAAAGCCCCCGUGUUUCAGAUGGUUGUGUCGUCUUAAUGUGGCUUGUGAUUCUUUCAAGUUGCAUUAUUUCCCCCCCCCCAAAACCUUUUACUUUUGCAUUGCCAGUGUACUGCCAGACAAACGGGGGACGACGUGUGUUGGGACUUCUUAAAGCAGCUGCGAGCAGAUCUUGUCUAGCACACUGAUUUUGGGGGUUUUCGUUCAGUUAUGUGAGUAUAAUUAGUUUGAAAUGGCAAUGCACAAUGCCUAGAUGUUGAUGACGUGUGUACAUUAGGAUCCAGAUCGGAGAGAUUUAGUCCACAGGGUUGGACGACGCCACACAUUUCCUGCCGCGUGUAGAAACUCAGUUGUUUGCUUCCAUGUUCAGGCUCUGGGUGAAAUGUGUAUCUCUCAAGUGUUAGCUUGGAUUGUUGUAGAGGGACGUCUUAACUAUUGUCAAUGUAAACAGAUUUAGUAUUGUUUUCCUCUGGCAUGUAUUUUCGCUGUGUAUGUGUAGGAGCCGUUCCAACGCUGUUCGAUUUGCACAAAACGUGUGCCUGUCAUUGCCCUCAACUGUAAGCGGCUUGAGUACAAUUGCACUUCAUUAGAAUUGCCCAGUAGGUUGCUACAGAACCAAAAUCGUAUAAACUCGAUAAAAUAAAAAAAAGUAAUUGUUGACUCCUA